AUGGCGGUUAAGGAGAAGAAGUCGAAGGAGGCCGUGAUGCGUGCGGCCAUGGCCUCGCGCGGCAAAAGGAAGAAGUGGGUGAAGGUCAAGACCAAGGACAAGGUCAACAACGCCGUGUUCUUCGAGAAGGCCACCGUGGACAGGUUGAUGACCGAAAUCCCGAAGGCCAAGCUCAUCACGAUUUCGACCAUCGUCGACAAGCUUAAGGUGAACGGCAGCCUUGCCCGUCAGGCCCUCGCGCACCUGGAGGAGCAGAACCUGAUCAAGCCGGUGUGCGACCAGCACCACCAGCAGCGUCUGUACACCCGUGUCUAA